AUGUCCUUCUCUUCCCUCGUCCAAGACAUCGCCUUCCGCGACUCACCGUCGCAAGCGAUUGCGCGGACAAGUGCUAGCAAUGUCAGCAACAACGACACUCAGUCUAGCAUCUCCCGGCCAUCGCAGGCUCGUUCAUACACUUCCACCGCCGCCACCAGCGUGAGCAUUGCGGGCGACAUCUCAAGCCAACUGCACGCCGGCUAUAGCCAUCCACUUUCAAGAGCAUGGCAAGCAGAGAGACAAUUAACAAAGUCAAUGCUCAUCUACCCUCUCUUCAUUACCGACAACCCCGAUGAAGUGACGCCUAUUCCCUCCCUCCCCAAUCAAAACCGUCUGGGUCUGAACAAACUCGUCCCCUUCCUCGCACCCCUUGUGCAAAAGGGGUUGCGCUCUGUCAUUCUCUUCGGUGUACCCCUCGCCCCCGACGCGAAAGAUGCUCUUGGCACAGCAGCCGACGAUCCUGAAGGCCCCGUCAUAAAGGGCAUUCAACUCAUUCGUCGACACUUCCCGCAACUAUUUGUGGUUGCUGACGUUUGUCUUUGCGAGUACACUUCUCACGGCCACUGCGGGAUCCUCCGAGACGACGGCUCCUUGAACAAUGCCAUGAGCGUCGAACGCAUUUCGGAUGUGGCAAUGGCAUACGCUCACGCCGGUGCUCACUGUGUGGCGCCUUCCGACAUGAACGACGGGCGCAUCCGCGCCAUCAAGCUCAAGCUUAUUGAGUCCGGGCUAUCGCAUCAAGUCAACCUGAUGAGUUACGCGGCCAAAUUUUCGGGCUGCUUGUACGGACCAUUUAGAGAUGCGGCGGGAUCGUGCCCGAGCUUUGGCGACCGGAAAUGCUACCAACUGCCUCCGGGUGGGCGAGGACUUGCUCGUCGCGCCAUAACACGAGAUAUCCAAGAGGGUGCCGAUAUUAUCAUGGUGAAACCCGCCUCGUCAUUCCUUGAUAUUAUCUCGGACGCCAAGGAAAUCGCAAAGGAUAUGCCCAUCGCGGCGUAUCAGGUGAGUGGAGAGUACGCCAUGAUCCAUGCCGGGGCCAAGGCGGGUGUGUUUGAUUUGAAGACCAUGGCUUUUGAGAGCACUGAGGGUAUUUUACGAGCCGGAGCAGGGAUCGUGGUGAGUUAUUUUACGCCAGAAUUUUUAGAUUGGUUGAGUGCCUGA